UAUAUAACACGUAUAUAGACGAAUACCCUGACUCACAUACCCUUAAACUGGUGUCUCUACAAGACCAUCUCCUGCAUAUUUACCUAUUCCCGAACCAGCUUUGAAAUGGGAUUAUUCUCAAGUGUUGGACAAUGUGUGCUUAUAUUACUGAAUGUCGUUUUCACGAGUGUUGCCUUGUCUUUGCUGGUUAUUGGGGCGAUCCUCAAGUUUCGACCAGGGUUACUGUUGACCUACGUGUUGCAAGCUGCAUCGGGUAUAACCGCGUUCAAUAUCUCUACAACCGUCUCCUCUGUACCAGUCGUCAGUAACAUCGGUCUGGCUCUACUUGUCCUCGGCGCCGGACUGUUUGUGAUCUGUUUCUUCGGCUGCUAUGGCGCAUGCUGCGGCAACAGAGUUUUCCUCAUCAUAUUCUGUAUCCUAAUGGGCAUCUUGUGCAUCGCUGUGGCCACAGUGGUAGGACUCCUCUUCGUCAGAGAUUCGCCCCUCAACACCAAAGGCAAGGAAACAUUUAAGACUCAAAUCCGAAACGAGUACAAAGGACCACUCAGUACCGAUACCUUUUCAAUCAUGCUGGACUUGGCAUCCUACUCCCUCCAAUGCUGUGCUUCAACUGGGCCAACUGACUUUGAUACAAGUGCCUCCUGGACAGCCUACAACCACAAAGGUAUUACAGAAACGAUAGAAGCUUCGCCUGCCUGCUGUAAGAAGGAUGUUUUGGCUGGGGACACAACCCUCGAGUGUGCGAAGAAACACGUAGGAGUUUUCGAUCCGACCAUAACAAAUACUCAGGGCUGCUAUGAUAGGAUCCAUGACCUUGUCGAGGAGAACAAGGUGUAUGUCAUUCUCGGCGCUGGCCUGUUGCUUCUGCUCAUGGUACUGGAAAUUGUAUUUGCAAUCAUUCUCAUCAGAAAGGAAACAAAGGAUUCUGCCGUGUAGAAUAACAAGCUUUGAUUCCGUUUUUAGUGUGUCACUGCACAGAUUUCCCCGUGUCUUUUGAAUGGUUCACUAUGCUAUACAGUCAAGUCUUAAGUAUGAAUAUACUUAGGAGUGCAGACAUCAGUUAUCAGUUAAUGUAUAUAUAGUAAUUAUCAUUGACCUUCUGAAUGUUUGCCUCAAUACUGAUUGGUUAGUUCACGCCUUAUGUCUUAUUUUCUCUGAUCGCGAAGGGACCCUUGGCAAAUUGACGUCAUAUCAAUUCAUUGACGCAAACAAUUGAAGAUGACGUUAUCCAUUUUUCGCGAUAUCCCAUAAUGUUUUAUGCGACGUCGUUCCAACAACAUGGUGACCGAGCUAUCUCCCCUUGUGGACGGGUAACCCGUUUUUUUCUACAUUUUCCCAGAAAUAAUAAUAAUAAUAACGUAACAAAGCACUUCAUCGAAGAUCAUUUGUUAUUGACUGAAUAUUAUGUCUAUACAUCUUAACUGACCCACCCGAAUAUUCAUACAAAAUUACAUAAUUCAAUCUAACAAAGAUUUUUUGCGUUUUGUAAAAUGACAAUGCAGAGGAAUCUAAAGAUGAGUGCCAUUCUUUGGAGGAACAAGUAUACAAUCUCUCUUUAAAUUGGUUUUAAAAUAAUUCGGCAUCUCCAACAUUUUGAGAGAUCCAUACUAUACCAUAGCCAUAUCUAAAUAACAUAUCGCGUACAUGUGUUGCCCAAUUUAGACGUUUUCUAUCGAUAAUAGUGAUAAAUAACAUUGAUAUGGAUACCUAUCUACAUUCAUUUGCAAUAAUCUUAUCGAGUAUUUGAUACAUUUAACUCUAUAAACAUUAUAAAGAGGAACUCGACCACACUCUCCAUAUGCAACAGCAUUAGGUGAUCUAUAACCAAUAUGUAGCAUAAAUUUACAAAAUUUUCUAUGAACAAUCUCUAUACAUUCAACUCUACUAUAUCCCCAAAUGUCUGCAGCAUAAGAUAAAAUUGGUACAAUUUUUUUAUCAAACAAAUAAAAAGAUUCCUUCAGAGACAAUUCAAAACGCCGAAUAAAAGAUUUUAAAGGCCACAAGGCCUUAUUAGCUUGUUCAGGCAAAAUUUUACAUGCUGUCGUUCAUACAAGUUUAGGGGUUAUCAUAAGACCUACAUAUUUAUACAUUUACACAGUUUCCAUUUGCAUACCAUUAUGAUACCAUUUUUCAGAUUUAGAUAAUCUUUCACCCAUCUUAAAUACAAUUAUUUUACUUUUUUCAACAUUUAUUCCCUUACCCCAUUUCUGGGAGUAGGACUGUAGCGCAUCCAGACGCCUCUGCAAUGUUAUAACACUAUCGGCAAUUAAUAAAAGAUCAUCUGCAAACAGUAACGCUAUUAUGUUUAAAUACAUUAUGACACCACAAUACCAUGCGUAAACUUAUUUUCUAAACUAACAACUAAUUCAUUUAUGAAUAUAGAACACAACACUGGGCAAAGUGUGUAGCCUUGUCUAUCACCACAUAUACUUUCAACAUAUGGGCUUAAUUUGGGACAAUAAUUAAAUGUUACAGUUGCGUUAACGUUUUUGUACAUACUUUUUAAAACAUUAAAAAAUGUGCCAUGUAUCCCAUUUUUUUCAUCAAUUAAGCAACAAUGUAAACGACCGUGUAUCAACAUGGUAUCAAUAAAACAAUCAUUUGAAAAAACUGGCA